AUGAAGACCUUCUCCUCGGCUGUUCUCUUGCUCGCCGGCCUGGCCGCCGCCACUCCCGUGCAGCAAACCCGGCAGUCAGUCGGGCCCUAUGACAUCGCUGGCUUCACCGCGGCCAAGACGCACAACAGCGGAUACUGCCGCUUCGACUUCGACGUCUCGGCACCCGGCCUAGAGGGAGACGUGCACUGCAGCGCAUACCUGGACGCGGGCUUCUCCGGCGCCACGUGGCUGGCCUUGGUGUACGAGGGCGCGGGCAACUGCAAUAACGACGCCGUCACCUGGACCUUCUUCCAGUCUUCGGCCGAGGGCAGCGGCGCGUCUCUGAACGUGACCGUCAACGGCGUCAAGGGCCUGUAUGCGAUCCCGCCCGAGGACAUCUCGGUCAACCUGAAUGACGAGGAGAACCCGUUCGACAAUGACGUCGCGUACUCGGGGCCGAAGGAGUUCCAGAUUACCGAGUUCGAGGAGACCGAGUAA